GAGUGUUAUUAUGGCAGAGUAUUUAUUAAAUAUUUUUUUAAUUUAGACUUAAAUUUAUUUUUAUUUUGUUCAUCUCUGAUGUCCGCAGGUAAACUGUUGAUGAUGUGCAAGUUAAAGUAGCAGACUAAUGUUAAUACUUAUUUUAAAAGUAAUCGUCUUUUCAUCUCGCUGACUUAACACGAUUAAUUAACUGAAGCAGUAGUAGUCCCACUAAUUAAAUUGGGAAAAAACUUGCCCCAUGACUCUAUGUAUGUUACGGUAGUAGGUAUUGCGACUUAUUUCAUUUUGCGUAUCAUUUCACAUCAAGGUCAAAGAAAAAAGAAAGUCUAACCUAUAAUCAAAGGAAUUUCUUCCAAUUAUCAGAGACAAAUUAUCGGCAACAAAAAAAAGAUUUUUUUGAGAAUUCAAGAGAGAUCCGAUUAUAUUCAUAGUUUCAAAAAAGUUCAUGUUUUAAGAAAAUUUUCAAAAGGUCUUGGGCAUGUUGAAUGUUAUUACAAAUUUGUUUCAACAAUACAGACAAAUUGUCGAGAAUUUUAAAAGAGAAACAACGACACGUUCACAUUUCAUAAAUAAAACAAUCUUGCCUGUGUGGACGUAGAAGCAACGUAUUUUCAUUUCGGAACGGAACACUAUUCAUGAAUUUAUUAUGAACUACCGCUGCAUCAAGAUAAUUUCUAGUUUCCCUCCGUACAUCAACAGAGAUGAGAAACUGUUUUAUUUCCUGCAAUUACAUUUACAACGGAGAUGCAAUCCAGAUCAGUUUCCGUUCAGAAAUGUUGAUAAAACUCAGCUAGCGAGUACAGACUACGUUACGUGCGUCCUCGUUCUAAAACAGUCAUUUCUGUGCGUCAAGGACGUACGCUGAGUACUCAGCGAUACUGCGGGAUCGUGACAAUUCGUAAUGCCGACUUUUCUCAAUUGAAACAUGUGUUUCGUUCGCUGUGUUGCCGCGCAAACGACACUCUUUCAUAUCUGAGAAUACAUGUACAGCAAACCAGUUUUAGAUCCGAUCGCUUGGUACGCGGGUACGUAGCUAACUGCAGAGGUAACAAAGAACUGGUUUGCGCCGCGGUUUUAUGAACCAUCCUUCAGUAAGGUUGGAGAACAACUAAUUUUAGAGACGCUCGUUCGGCUUUUAAUGAUCACUUCGUCUUUGACUUUGAACGCCGAAGAUCCUGUAAGUAGAAGUAAUGUUUUAGGUGCCGCUGCUUAAAACUACCAUACAGUAACGAAUUGCAAGUGCCUCAAAAUAAACACAUGUUUUAUGUGUGUCAUAUCUGUGACUUGCGCCUUUGUAUGACUAACUGCGAGAACAAUCACGAGUCCUUCUGUUGUGUAUCUUGCAAAUGGUGCCUGUCUAUUUCACAAUUAGCCAAUGUUGUUUCAAACUUGUUGCAUAUUAAAUAUAAAGUGUCUUUAUUAUGUUUUCACAUAUGCGUGCAACUUCCUUCUUCCAAAAUAAACACGUGUUAGUACUUGAAAUGACUUGAUGGCUGGGGUACUGUAGAGGUAGCUGUAAUAAAAUGCGAUAAAGAGCUUGCAUUCAACAUCAGUUUCAAUAUAAAAGUCGACAUCAAACAUUAACUUGAGACAUGUGCGUACAUUAGUACACCACAAAAGCACUAGAGCAGAGCGAGUUCUUGCAAUAAAACCACAUUGGCUGUGUGUUGUGGUCUGUCCGACUUUCCAACCAAUAAGAGACUGUAAACUCUGGUGUGUGUGCGCUGUGUAUGUAUUAGGACCAUUGUUCGAUGUCGGUGCCGGUGUAGUAUCCGUAUGGUAUGUCAGAUCAUAUUUUUUGAGCGUAGAACGAUGAGCUGCGACUUUUUUGAAAUUGAAAAGCGAAAGUGGAAGCUGUGUAAGGGCCGCGGCGGAUGGAGUUGGCAGAUUUAUAUGUGUGUGUCAAAUAUGGACAGUUCCCUUGGUGGGUGUGGAGUUCCGAAACCGGUAUGCGUUUUGUCAUAGAAACUGGAGACGAGCCCGCCGCCUGCAACGGUCGCCGCACGCUCGUGCUCGCCAACCACCAGAGCACUGCCGACGUGCCGAUGCUGAUGGCUGCCUGGAACCCGCGCCCCGGAGUGCUGCCCAACCUCAUGUGGAUCAUGGACAGAGUCUUCAAGUUCACCAACUUCGGGAUUGUCAGCGUGCUGCAUGAAGACUUCUUUAUACAAGCGGGCAAGGCGAAACGCGACCAGUCCCUAGAAGACUUGAGACAGCACAUCCACAAGUACUACAUCCCGCUCGCGAGGCAGUUCAUGGUCCUGUUCCCCGAAGGUGGUUUCUUGCACAAGAGGAGAGAAGUCAGUCAAAGGUUCGCAGAGAAAAAUAACCUGCCCAAAUUAGAAUAUGUAUCACUACCUCGUGCUGGUGCUAUGAAGGUGAUCAUGGAGGAGGUCGGCCCCCACAGGGAUCAGGAUGCUGGACCUUCGAAAGAGGACUCUACCAAAAAAGACGACAACUUCAACCAAAGCAACGCCAAUUCCAAAUUGAUCGUCGAGACUAAAGUUGGUGACAGCAUCGAAUGGAUUCUGGAUGUGACCAUCGCCUACCCUGACAGGAUUCCUCUGCACCUCCAGGACGUGGUCUGCGGGAUCCGGCCGUCGUGUACCACCCAUCUGCAUUAUAGGCUAUAUCCUAGUAGUGAGGUCCCAUCAGACACGGAAGGCAUGACCCAAUGGCUCUACGACAGGUUCAUCGAAAAGGACAAAUUGUUAGAAGAGUUCUACCGCACAGGCAAAUUCCCCACCAAAGGCAGCGGUCCCCACCUAGCUAGAGUAGUGAGACAGGACAACCUCAGAUACCUGAUCCUCCACCUUUUCUUCAUCACGUCUACUUACCUACAGUACACUGUCUGGCGAGCCAUCUUCAGCUACAUGUGGUAA